CCGGCCACCAAACGGAUGGAUUCUUGCCGCCUCCUGCACCCUUAUCCACAGCCGCUCCCUCUCCCUCCCCCUCCCCCUCCCCCGACCUCUACUCCUCGACCUACCCACCUCCAAUGGGGUGUCCUCCGCCGCCGCCGCCGCCGCCACCACUUCCUCCGGUGCGUCGCCGCCUCCGCUGCCACCCUGCAGAAGGAACUCACGGUGCCGCGCACCCCAACAGCCGCGCAGAGCCCCGGUCCAGUGAACCCGCCUACGCUGUUCGACAGAAUGCCCGAGAGGAGCGUCGCGACGGUUUCCGCUGCGGAUAACCUGCUCGACGAAAUGUCUCGGACGUGCGGCGCGGGCCAGCGUGGUCGGCCUCUGGAGGCGCCUCCUCGGGACGGCGGCGGGAAGAGCGCGAGCGCCGCGAUCGUGGCGCUGGCGCAUGCCGGCCGGCACGCGGAGGUCGUCGAGCUCUUCUGCCGGAUGCGGAGGGGCGGCGUCCCCGUAAGCAGGUUCGUGCUCCCGAGCGUGCUCGCGGCUUGCGCCGGCCUGCGGGACAUCGGGAUGCUCCGAGCCGUGCACGCCUUGGUCAUCAAGUGCGGCCUGUGCCAGCAUGUCAUCGUGGGCACUGCAUUGGUUGACGGGUAUACUGAUUUUGGAUUGGUGGAUGAUGCGAGGAAGGCGUUCGAUGAGAUAACAGACGCCAAUAUAGUUUCUUGGAGUGUGCUCAUUGGUGGCUAUGCCCGUUCUUCUCGGUGGGAAGAAACAUUGGAUGCUUUCUCCGCAAUGCGGCGUGCUGGGGUGCUUCCAAAUGAUUCUGUUCUUGUAAUGGCGAUUCAGGCGUGCGGUGCAUUGGGACGCCUGGUACAUGGGAAGCAGCUGCAUGGCUUAGCAGUUGUCCUUGGAUUUGAUAGGAAUGCUACUGUUUGGAACUGCCUGAUGGACAUGUAUGGGAAGUGUGGUGACAUUGACAGUUGCAAGAUGGUUUUUGAGACGAUGAUCGGCAGGGAUCAAGUGAGUUGGAACACGCUAAUCUCAAGUUAUGCCCGUGUUGGUCUUUGUGAAGAGGCACUCGACAUGAUUGUGCAGAUGCAAGAGUCUGGUUACAUUGUCGAUCGCUUCACCCUUGGCAGCGGAGUUACAGCUUGUGCCCGUUUGGCUGAUAUAGAUAGCGGCCGUGCAUUCCAUGGUUAUUUGGUUAGAAGAUUGUUGGAUACUGAUGUCAUCCAGGGCAGCGCGCUUGUUGACAUGUAUGGUAAAUGCCACAACAUGGAACUUGCACACAUUGUAUUCGACAGGAUGGAUGAGAGGAAUUAUGUAUCAUGGGAUGCACUCUUGUCUGGGUAUGUUGAGAAUGAGCAGGUUGAUUUAGCACUUGAGAUUUUCCGGCAAAUGGGUUGUGCAAACAUAAAGUAUAACCAGCAUAAUUUUGCUAACCUUCUUAAGCUCUGUGGCAGUCAGAGGUAUAAAGAGUAUGGAAGGCAAAUUCACGGGCAUGCCAUUAAGACCAUAAACAAGAUGAAUGUGGUUUUGGAAACGGAGCUUAUUGACAUGUACGCAAAGUGUGGCUGCAUUGAGGUCGCUCGGCUACUAUUUCUUCGGAUGAAUGAGAGAAACCUUAUUUCCUGGAAUGCCCUACUUUCAGGUUAUGCAGCAGAUGGACAGCCAGUUGCAACGAUAAAUAUUUACCGCCAAAUGGAGCUGGCAUGCAUUAGGCCUGACAAAUACACUUUGGCAGGGCUUUUAAGCCUUUGCCGGUACCAAGGACUAUUGCAUUAUGGAAGGCAGAUACACGCUCAUCUCAUCAAGAUGGGUUCUGAAAUGAACGUGGUAAUGCAAACUAUACUUGUUCAUAUGUAUAUCAAGUGCAUGCGUCAGCAGGAUGCUGAAAAUGUUUGUAUAAUGAUCGAAGAAAGGAAUUCAUAUGUGCUUGAUGCAUUUUCAAAGGUCUAUGGAGAUGACUACUUGAUCUGAAGAAAAGAAAAUAUCUCAUUUUACACUGGAGUUAGAAUGUAUGGGAAUACUUUUGUCUUCCUUGUGGAUACAAAUCUUAGAUGCAAAAUUUGUAUUUCCUGUAUACUAAGGACUAUAGUAGUUUUUCGUCACUAACUUGGAUUCUAGUUCUGUGAUUGUUCAAGGAAAAGGAAGUGCCUCAUAUCCUAAAAAGAGGGUAAUAGUAGAGAAGAGUUGUUGUCAAGUCAAAUAGAGUAUACAUUCUCUGCCUUCAGUCUGGUUUGAUGAUAUGUUUAUGCAUGUGGACCUGUACUGUAUAUGUUCUAUUGAACAGCUGAUUGAUAGCUGUAUACAAGGUUCAUUUUUUCAUGAAAUCAAGAUUGUGGACUGCCUUUUUUCA